AUGCUUCGAGCCAUUGAAAGAAGUGCGCUUACAUCCAAUCAUAUCAACGUUGCCAAAAGCUCCUUCGCCACGACAGCAACAGCGAGCAAGAUGACCGACACGAGCAAGUACAAGUUCAACCACUCGAUGCUGCGAGUCAAAGACCCGCAAGCAUCGGUCAAGUUCUACGAGCACCUGGGCAUGCAGCUCAUCGAGCAGAAGAAGUUCCCCGACAACAAAUUCGACCUUUACUUCCUCGCCUACGCCGGCCAGAACUCCGCCUCGGGCUCCAACCACUGGACCGACCGCGAGGGAAUCAUUGAGCUCACGCACAACUACGGCUCCGAGAACGAUCCCAACUACAAAGUCGCCAACGGUAACAAGGAGCCCGGGAAGGGGUUCGGACAUACGUGCAUCUCGGUCGAUAAUAUCCAGGCGGCGUGUAAGCGCAUCAGCGAUGCUGGGUAUAGGUUUCAGAAGAGGUUGGAGGAUGGACGUAUGCAUCAUAUUGCCUUUGCGCUCGACCCGGACGACUACUGGGUUGAGAUUAUCAGCCAGAAGAACGUGGAGCAGACCAAGGACGUAACAGAGACGGACCCGGGUUGCUAUCGUAUGAACCACACCAUGAUCCGCGUCAAGGACAAGGACGUCUCGAUCAAGUUCUAUGAGGACGUCAUGGGUAUGCAGCUCAUGCGCACGAACGAAAACAAGGACGCGGGUUUCACACUGUACUUUAUGGCGUACGGACCGCACCCCGGCGAAGCGACAGCGAAUGGCAUCAACCCCGGUGCCAGCAGAGAAGGCUUCUUAGAGCUGACGUGGAACCAUGGGACGGAGAAGCAGGAGGGCAAGGUGUAUCAUGAUGGGAACAGCGAGCCGCAGGGUUUCGGCCACAUCUGUGUCAGUGUGGAUGAUCUGGACAAGGCGUGCGAGAGGUUUGAGCAGAAGGGUGUAAGUUGGAAGAAGAGGUUGACGGAUGGGAGGAUGAAGAAUGUGGCGUUUGUGCUGGAUCCUGAUGGAUAUUGGAUCGAAGUGAUCCAGAACGAGAAAUUCAAGGCGCCUCCUGGCAACUACUAG